AUGGAAAAAAAUUUCUACCCAAAUAUAUGCGCCAUCGUUUAUCGCAAAGAAGAGUCAUUUGAAGUGGCUGCGGGGAGUUGCUCGACAGCACGUGGCACUCUCUCUCUCUUCACAAACACUAAAGGAGGAAUCAUGGAUGAUCUGAUUGUGACCAAGACAGAUCAGGGUUACGUGUAUGUUGUCUCCAAUGCUGGUUGUGCGGACAAAGACUCUGCUCGUAUGCAGGCCAGACUUCAGGAGUUUAAAGCAGCAGGUCAUGAUGUAGAUUUGGAGUUCAUGGAAGAAAGUCUCAUUGCUCUGCAGGGUCCAUCAAUGGCCCAGGUUCUGCAGAAAGGUGUGGGUGAUGACCUCAGGAAGCUGACCUUUAUGACCAGUGUUUUGACCCCAGUGUUUGGCAUCCAGGGCUGCAGGGUCACACGCUGCGGAUAUACAGGGGAGGAUGGAGUUGAGAUCUCAGUACCAAGUGGAGAAGUUGUUUUACUGACUGAAAAGUUGUUAGCUGAUAGUGAGGUGAAACUCGCUGGUCUCGGUGCCAGAGACAGUCUGAGGCUGGAGGCAGGACUUUGUCUCUACGGCAAUGACAUUGAUGAGACCACCACACCUGUGGAAGCAAGUCUUGUUUGGACUAUAGGUAAGCGUCGUCGACAGGCACAAGAUUUCCCUGGUGCUGACAUCAUUGUUCCUCAAAUAAAGGCAAAGACUCAGAGAAAGAGAGUGGGACUGAUCUCCACUGGACCACCUGUCAGACAGCACACACCAAUCCUGUCAUCUGAAGGCAGGGUUAUAGGGGAGGUCACCAGUGGAUGCCCCUCCCCCUGCCUCAAACAAAAUGUUGCCAUGGGCUACGUUGAAGCUGGCUUCAGUAAAGUGGGCACAUCAAUCCAGGUGGAAGUGAGGAAGAAAGCAGUGCCAGCAGUGGUCAGCAAGAUGCCAUUCGUGCCCACCAAGUACUACAUGGGCCAGUAGACCUACUGAUCAUAAAAGCGUCUGUAUUUAUGAGAGGGUCUGUCGUAGAUCUGUCUGGUCUUAUUUAGCAGUGGAGAUCACUGCCACUGGAUUCCCGCUGGAAUGGAGACCAACAUUAGAGAUUAUGUAAAGCCUGAGAGACAUGUCAACAUCGAGCAUUCCAUAAUGCAAACACAAAUGCAAACUUUAAACACAAACAUAAUUUACUUCCAUUUAAAUUACAUUCCAGGACAUUCUGUUAUAAUUGCACAACAUUUUGGCCACUUCACUAGAAAUUCAAAUCAAAUGGAAUUUCAGGACAUUGUUUCUGUGUGUGUGUGUGUGUCUAACAUAGAGCACUUAAAAUGUUAGUUUGAGUUUGGGAAGGUGACAUCUGUUUUAAAGACUACUGACUAGGAUUCCUUUUUUCCUAAGUUUGCCACAUAUAUGGUUCAUUUUAUGCCGGUGUACUGUUUUAGUGUCAUAACUUUAUGAUGUACGAUGAUAAAAUAAUUAACAAAGCUAAUCUGAAUGAAAUAAACUGUAUUAGAAAAGUGCCUAAUUUCUCAGGAGUAGGUUGUCAUGCGGUAGUAUUGUUAAUAUAAUUAACUUUAGACCACAUCACUGUGAAGUCUUUCUGUCCGAAAGAACAUUUCCAUUUAUGCUUCUUUUUGGGAU